AAUUUAAAACCCUGGUAACACCGGCGGAAUUUUGUCAAGGUGCAAUGGGUAAUGAAGGCAGCAAACUAAAAGGUUUAAUUAUAGAAAAAAGUCCAGUAGAGGCUAAUGAUUUUUGGACGCUCUAUAACGCACAGCUACCAAGGGCAUCCAAUGAUGAAGGCUGCAGCCAGGUGCUGUCGGUAUUCCGAGGCGAAGUUUCCGUCAAGGGUCAGCUGUGGUCCCGUGAAACGGACCCAAUAGGAAGGGCAAUAAAAAACCUAAUGGUCUACCGCCAUCCAUACAUAUUGAAAUAUAUAGCUACCUGGGACCAGGCAGGGCAUAAGCAUCUUGCGACGGAGAAGGUCAGACCUCUUAACGAGGUACUGGCCCAGCAGACCAACAUUGAAAUCUGCCUUGGCCUGCGGACGAUCCUGUGCAGCUUAAUAUUUUUAAUUGAGAAGGCUAUGGCCAGGCAUUUGAACAUAAGUACGAAUUCAAUUUAUGUUACGGACAAUGGCAGCUGGAGACUGGCUGGUUUCGAAUACGUUUGGAAAGCGACGGAGGUCGACAAACAGCUUCUUAACUUGGCCCGUUCCUUUUUGGAUUCAAACAUCACCGGAGAGAACAGUGAACAGUUCUCCUUUGCCGUUCUUUGUGAGCAGGUGCUGGAUGUAAGUAAAAGAGAAAGUGGUGAUGGUAAGGACACUCCGCAUGUAAUGGAGUUCCAUGAGUAUUGCAGGACUCACUUAAAGCACCAAAACACUAAGCUAAGACCCACCCUUUCGGCCAUACUGCUACAUCCUUAUUUCAACCACGAAUUCGUGCUUAUACAUUCCUUUCUCUUCGAAUUGCCGCUUAAGUCGGUGCAAGAACGCCAGCAGUUCUUUGGAAGUUUGAUUGAACGCCUGCGAUGCUUCGACGAGGAAGUGGUUGCUUCGCAGCUGGGUUGUCACCUGCUUUCUAGAAUGGUUUUGCUGGAUCCUGCCGCACAGCAAUUCGUCACUCCGUAUGUACUCCGUACGAAGAUAUCAGACAAAGCGACGGCGUGUUUGUUUUCUCAGCAGACCUACGUUCAAUACUUAAUGCCUCACAUACUCAAGAUGUUUCGCCUGCGUGAUGCUCAGAUCCGAUUAAUAUUACUGGAGUAUUUUAUUGACUUUGUCAGUCUCUUGGGCGACGCACAACUUCAAAGUGAGAUUAUCCCCCAUUUACAGCUUGGAAUGAGCGACACUAACGACGUUUUGGUGGCCCAAACGCUUAGGUGCAUGGCUGACUUAGUUUCCAUACUGGGAGCUAAUAAAGUUUUGGGCGGGGAGGAUCGGCGACGAUGCUUUUCAGAUGGUCGGCCGCAUCCUAUUGUGUCCGCAGUUAGCCAAAAUUGCAUGCCAGAGCCUCGGUCCAUUACCCCCCUAAUAAACACUAGUUCCUUUGACGUGGACGAAGAUUUCAUGGUCUCUGGGAGUCCCUUACCAACCGAAAGCAAAGUUGCUCCCUUAUCGCUUCGCCUUAGUCCAGACGGUGGGGAAGACGAGAAGGGUGGUUUAAUUUUAAAUGAAAAGUCGCGUGCUUUCUGCCACAAAUUCGACACCGAGACCAACUCAAACGUAUCUGCAGAAGGCCAUGAAAAAACCAUAGUCAACCUGGAAGAAGAUGGAGUUUGGUCGGAUUGGGAUACUACAGAUGAGCUCCAAGGCUUACACAUCAAACAUUCCAAACUAAACGAACAUGCAACUCCAGAUGAACAGACUGUACAUGAUUUGGGGACCAACAAGGCCCAAGCAAAUCAAACUUCAAUAUCCGAGUCAUUUUGCAAAGACAACUUAAACCUAUUCCAUGAAACAAAGAAACCAACGCAAGCAGAUCGUGAGUUUAUGGAUGAUCUCAGCGCGCUGGACAUACAAGUACAAUCGGUGGCUCAUAGCUCCGCGUUAAAUGAGUUUGACUUCUUCAAAGAUAUGGAGCCCGUUUUUGAAACGAAGACUAGUAGGAGAAAGACGACGGAGAUGAUUACCAGUCGUUUUGCUGCAGCUACAAUCAACGCCAGCAGUAACGAUCAAGAUGCCAAAGCAGAUCAGGGUUGGGGUCAUGACGAACAAGAUGAUGACGACAUCUGCGCGGCAAGGAUGGAACAGUAAAGUUCUAGCACGCAAUCAUACUGUUUUUUAACCCUGAUUAUUCUUUAGUUUUUAAUUCAACUGUAAACUAUUCAAUAAAGUUCCAUAAUUUAA